UUCAUGUCCACUUUAAUUCCCUCCUACUUUUAACCCAUUUCGUAGUUUAAACUUGAGAAACUUUUCUUAUAGAAUUAAUAUACGAAAAAAUGCUGCUAAAAGGAGAGUUAGCGGUGUUUUUAGUGGUGUUACUAGUUGUGAACACAGUAGCAGAGAGUCCUUAUAGAUUCUUCGAAUGGAAUAUUACUUAUGGAACGAUUUGGCCUCUAGGCCUUCCUCAAAAGGGAAUUCUGAUUAAUGGGCAAUUUCCUGGUCCUGAUAUUGUCUCUGUCACCAAUGACAAUGUUAUUAUCAAUGUCUUCAACAAUUUGGAUGAGCCUUUUCUUCUUUCUUGGAAUGGAAUACAAAAUAGGAGAAACUCAUUUGAAGAUGGAGUAUGGGGAACUACAUGCCCAAUUCCACCAGGCAAGAAUUUCACAUAUAUUUUGCAAGUGAAGGAUCAAAUAGGUAGCUUUUACUAUUUUCCUUCAACUGCAUUCCACAAAGCUUCUGGUGGUUUUGGAGGCUUCAGGAUCCUCAGUAGGCCUGGGAUUCCUGUCCCUUUCGAUGAGCCUACUGGUGAUUUCACCGUCCUUAUUGGCGAUUGGUACAAGAGCAAUCACACGUACUUGAAAUCAAUUCUUGACAGAAACCACAAGUUGCCUUUUGUUGAUGCCCUUCAUAUCAAUGGCCACGGUCCUCAAGGCCCUAAUCGCGCUUCCUUCACAGUUGAUCAAGGGAAAACUUAUAGACUAAGAAUAUCAAAUGUUGGAUUGGAACAUUCACUCAACUUUCGUAUCGAAGGACACAAAAUGAAAUUGGUAGAAGUAGAAGGAACACAUACAAUGCAAGAGACAUAUUCCUCACUCGACGUUCAUGUUGGACAAACCUACUCUGUCCUCAUCACAGCUGAUCAAGCUCCUAAGGACUACUACAUUGUUGUUUCAAAUCGUUUCUCGUCUAUUCUCCUUACUACCACCGGUGUACUUCACUACAGCAACUCUAACCAGGAAUUCACUGGCCCUCCCCCUGGUGGUCCAACCAUCGAAAUUGAUUGGUCCCUUACCCAGGCCCGUUCUAUUAGGACCAACUUGACCGCCAGUGGACCAAGGCCAAACCCACAAGGGUCAUACCAUUAUGGUAUGAUCAACACGACUAGAACUAUCAGGCUUGCGAAUUCUGCUGGACAAGUCAAUGGCAAGCAAAGAUAUGCUGUCAACAGUGUGUCCUUUGUGCCAACUAAAAGUAAUACUCCCCUCAAGCUUGCUGACUACUUCAACAUUGGUGGAUUCACCCCCGGAAACAUACCCGAUGCCCCCACCGGUAAAGGAAUUUACCUUGACACAUCUGUUUUGCAAACUGAUUACAGGACAUUCAUUGAGAUUGUAUUCGAGAACAAGGAGGGAAUCAUGCAGAGUUGGCAUCUAAACGGCUAUGCCUUUUGGGUAGUAGGCAUGGACGGAGGAAAAUGGACUCCGGCUAGUAGGGACCAAUACAAUCUCCGCGAUGCAGUUUCAAGAAUCACAACUCAGGUGUAUCCCAAGUCAUGGACAGCAAUAUACAUUUCAUUAGACAAUGUGGGAAUGUGGAACCUAAGAUCUGAGUUUUGGGCGCGACAGUAUCUAGGACAGCAGUUAUACAUGAGGGUAUACACGACAUCAACCUCUUGGCGCGAUGAAUAUCCCAUUCCAAUUAAUGCUCUUUUAUGUGGUGAUGUGGCUGGUCGACAUAAAAGACCGCUCUAAGCUAAGCUGCAACACUCAUGAAAAUCAUAUAGGCCAAAGUGAGAAAUAAGAGAAGAAAUUGACUUACGUACAAAACCUCAGAGAGCAAAGUUAUAUUAGGAUUGAAGCAAAAGCUUAUUACUUGUCUUGUUUAGUUUACCACAAACUAGUUUGAAUGACCUUAACUCAAGGUCCCAUUCUUUCUUUCUUCGCUUCGUUGUAUCCUGUUCUAUCCUCAUUGUUUUAAUUGUCUUAAUAAAAACAAUUGAAUUGUUGUUUUCA